UUUUCCCCUUCUAUCCCUGGCUACACAUGUUUCAUCUAAAGAGAUUUUAAAUGUUCAGGAAACAGUCUUGGAUGUGGCAGUGGAUGGAGAGGUCGAAGCCAGUCAUCAAGGUUCAGGCAGAUGGAUGGUGGGACCUUGGGUGCAGCCUAGCCUUCAAGGCAGGGACAUUGCCCUGGGGCAUCACUGACCUCCCUGCACAGGGUGGAUGCCAGAGACAUGGGGCGGUUUCUCUUUCCUUUUCUUCUACUCAGGAAGCUAAAAAUGCUCAGUCUGUGCAGAUCCUGUGGCUGACAUCUAAUGCCUGGGAGAAAGCACUUCCCUUCUGUCUGCUGUGGACAGGAGAACCCAGCUUGUUCUGCUUCUCACUCCACCUGCACAGCCCCUUACUCAGCAGUCUAUGUCCAGAGAACAGAACUGAAGAGAAACCUUACUCAGGGCUCCUCUUGUCCCCUUGUCACAGCUCCUCAGGUCGCUGUGUCCUUAUUCUGUCUCCUGGGACCCAGCUUUGUUCUGUGUUUUCAACCAGGUUUAUUCAGGGCUCGGAGGUGCAGAAUUCAUACUCCUUCUACCACUGGCAGUACAUUGACAUCUUUGUGUACUUCAGCCAUCACACGGUCACCAUCCCCCCAGUGGGCUGGACCAAUGCUGCCCACAGACAUGGGGUCUGCAUACUGGGGACUUUCAUAACAGAGUGGAACAAUGGUGGGAGGCUCUGUGAAGCCUUCCUGGCUGGGGACGAGCGCUCCUACCAGGCAGUGGCUGAUCAGCUGGUCCGGAUCGCUCAGUUUUUUGGUUUUGACGGCUGGCUGAUCAACAUCGAGAACUCUCUGAGUCUGGCUGCUGUGGGGAACACACCUCCUUUCCUUCGAUACCUGACCACUCAGCUCCAUCAGCAGGUCCCAGGGGGCCUGGUGCUGUGGUAUGACAGCGUGGUGCAGAGUGGGCAGCUCAAAUGGCAGGAUGAACUCAAUGAACAGAAUCGGAUCUUCUUCGACUCCUGUGAUGGCUUCUUCACCAACUAUAACUGGCGGGAGGAGCACCUGCAGCGGAUGCUGGGGCAGGCAGGGGAGCGCCUGGCCGAUGUGUAUGUGGGUGUGGACGUGUUUGCUCGGGGGAACGUGGUCGGAGGCCAAUUUGACACAGACAAGUCGCUGGAGCUGAUCCGGAAGCAUGGCUUUUCUGCUGCUCUCUUUGCCCCCGGCUGGGUGUAUGAAUGUCUGGAGAAGAGUGACUUCUUCCAGAACCAGGACAAAUUCUGGAGCCUGCUUGAACGCUACCUACCCACACACAGCAUCUGCUCCCUGCCCUUUGUUACCUCCUUCUGCCUGGGUAUGGGUACACGAAGAGUCUGCUAUGGCAAGGAGCAGGUGGUGGGGCCCUGGUACCAUCCAAGUGCUCAGGAGAUGCAGCCCUUCUUUGGUGAACAUAAGCUGGCUGAGGAUGGCCGGGGCUGGGUGAAGACGCACUGCUGCCUCGCUGACUCCUGGCAUGGGGGCAGCUCCCUGCUCCUUCGGGGGGUGAUUCCGCCCGAGGUUGGCAAUGUGGCCGUGAGGUUGUUUUCCCUGCAGGUCCCAGUGCCGCCCAAGAUUUUCCUGUCCCUGGUGUAUAAGUUUGAAGGGACUACAAAUGUCAGGGUGGCUUUGGAGCUCACAACAGAGGAUGCCAGCAGUUGUCACAUUGGCAGCAUCUCCGUGUUGAAUGCAGAAACUGGCUCCAGACACAGCCCUCGACCACUCCGGGUGCCUCCUUCCAAACUGGCCAGAUGGGCAGGCCGUUGUGGCCAGCAGCUCAGUGGGGGCUGGAUCCAGCGCUGCUAUGAGACAAAUCUUCAUGGUUGCCUCCUGCAGGACCUCUUUGUGAACUUCUCUCGGCCACCGGGAAGCCAGGUGGAGGAGAGCUUCAUCUGUCGCCUUGGCGAGAUCCAGGUAGUAGAUGCCAACAGCCUCUUGGCCCCCCUGCCCCAUGUGCAGAAUGUCACCAUCUCGCAGGUCUGCUGGCUGCCGCCCACCUCUGGUUCUGAGGGUCUCCCAGCUCAGCUUGGGCUCAGCUGUACUCUGCACUGGUCCUACCUCCUGCGCCAUGUCCGGGGCUUCCGCAUCCACAGCUGGCAGACGACAGGCAGCUCUCCCAGCAGAGAGCCCCCUGGGCUAGAGAAGCCCACGUUCCUGGGCCUGGCUUUUGUCAGCCAGUACCGAGUGGUGAACUUGGUGGUGGAGGCCACUAGGCCUGGCCAGGAUGGCCGAGUGGAGUUCCUGGUGGAGCCCGUCCCCAAGGAAGGAUUCUUGGUGCCUCAGGCUGAGUGGGGCAGGGCGGCCCUCAUUUACUCCGCCCCUCAGUGAACAGACCCCAGAGCACAGCAUUUCCUCACCUUAAGACUGAGGUUUCCUCCUCCCUGGCUGCCCAGGGCUGUGUGGGGACCUCACUGAGGAAGGCUAGGUCCAUAGGAGGCCGGGUUCCAGGCUGUGACAUUUUGUUGGGGGCAUUUGUCACAGGAAGUCAGCUUGCUGAGUGCAGUUCUGAAGUGAAUGGAUGGGCCUUCUGGUUGCCUGUAAUCCUCUCCACAGUAUGCCGUUCCCAAGAGAAAAGGAACGGAUUUGGGAAGGUUUCUCUAGAAAAUUUCAUAAAGGAUAUUUUACGGAAGACUGAAAGAUGCUUGUGCUAAGAAUGGUCUGCCUUUUAUCCCUGCAGACUGAACAAUUAGAAAGACUUAAGUUGUGGUAGGAAGGCUCCCAGGUGGCCCAGGAGGAUCUCCCAGAACCUCUGAGAUGCAGUAGUCCUCAGAAUGGGGGUGAAAACAAGAGGUGCCCAGAAUAGCAGGGGCCAGAGCUACGGGGUCACUGGCAGUAUUGCCCCAGAUGUGCAAGGUGUCUCCACCACGGUCCAGAUACCUGCUGUCCCCUAGAG